UUAUGCUGCUUCAGGUGAAAUAGCAGGCCAGGCAGACACACUCAGUAUACUCGAGCUGCGACAGUGACACACAGCGGGCAAUCGGACAGAGCGUGAGCAGGGCCGAAGGAAAAGAGCAGACGACAGAAAUUCAAAAUGUCGCAGAUCACAGAGAAGAGAACUGUCAUUACGUCUUCUUCUUCAUCAUACGAUGAUGGUCCAGAGAGCUACACUAGAUCCUAUAAGUCUAACAUCGGGCCACGAUCUGGAGGAAUCAACCGUACCUCUCUCUCUUCCGUCCUUUCCCCUAAGACUGGCUACAGUCGUUCUGUGGAGAUGUCGUCUUCUGCGGGGCUCAUUUCAAACCCAGGCGCCUAUGGCACCAUCUCUGCCACCGGGGUGGGUAGUGUCCGAACCACCCGGCAGAGAGAAAAGAAGGAUAUGCAAGAUCUGAACGAAAGGUUUGCAAGUUACAUUGAAAAGGUCCGUUUCUUGGAGGCCCAGAACAAAAAGUUGGGCAACGAGCUGGAAGCCCUCAGAUCCAAGUGGGGGAAGGAAACCAAUCAGAUUAAGCUUAUGUACGAAACAGAGUUGGAUGAAGCUAGGAAACUUAUUGAUGACACCAACAAGGAGAAGUCCCGACUUGAGAUUCGUGUCAGCAGCCUCCAAGACCAACUUGACAACCUCCAGCGACAACUAGACGAGGCCAAGAGAUGGCGCGUCCAAGACAAGGAGAUCAUCGACAAGCUGAACCAGCAGAUGUCGGAGAUGGAAAGCGAGAUAAGCAUGCUCAGGCGAUCCAAUGACUCCAUGGACAAGGAGCGACAGCGCGACAGGGCCACCAUCCAGAGACUCAACGAAGAACUGGAGAGACUCAGGAUCGAUCUGAACAACGAGACUCUGGCUCGCAUGGAGGCUGACAACAGACGCCAGACUUUGGCAGAGGAGAUCGAGUUCCUCAAGGAGGUCCACGAACAGGAGCUGAAGGAGCUGGCAGCCCUGGCGUACCGUGACACCACCGCUGAGAACCGCGAGUUCUGGAAGAAUGAGCUGUCACAGGCCAUCAGAGACAUCCAGAACGAGUACGACGCCAAGUGUGACCAGAUCAAGGGAGAAAUGGAAGCGUACUACAACCUCAAGGUCCAGGAGUUCCGCACCGGGGCGACCAAACACAACAUGGAGGUCACACACGCCAAGGAGGAAUCCAAGAAAUACAUCAAGCAACUCUCCGACUCCCGUGCCCGGCUUGCGGACCUCGAGGCUAGAAACAGCCAGCUGGAGAAGCAGUACCAGGAGCUGCUGAGAGAGAUGGAACAGAAGGACCACGACCAUGACCUUGAGACCAGCCAGCUGAAGGAGGAGAUCACCAAGCUGAGGUCCGAGAUGGAGAGCAUCCUCCAGGAGCUUCAGACGCUCAUGGACGCCAAACUGUCCCUUGAGCUGGAAAUCGCUGCCUACAGGAAGCUCUUGGAGGGAGAAGAAACAAGACCAUCAUCCUACAUGAGCUCAUCCUCACGGAAAUCCCGAGUUUCAUCUAGUUCAAUGUCGAGCCAGUCUACAACCCAAUCAGGGAAGGGGGAAGAUGCUAAACCCAAAGUGGAGGACGAGAAACAAUCUGGAGAUGCAUCCCAAGUGUCGAUGAAGAUGAUGCGAGGUGAAGUGUCUGCCAAGACGACGUAUCAGCGAACCUCUACUGGCCCCGUCGUAGUCGCCUCAGUCGACCCCGAGGGCAAGUUCAUCGUCCUUGAGAACACAUCGUCAGGAACAUCACGCAGGGAUGUCGACCUCGACAGGUACAGACUUGAGAGGGACUUGGACUCCAAGAGAAAACUGUCAUACACCUUCAGAAACUUCUCACUGAAGGCCGGGAAACAAGUCAAGAUCUGGGCCAAGGGGUCUUCAACGAGCGCCGGUCUGAACGACCUGGUGUUCCGUGACGCCGAUACGUGGGGAACAGGAUCCAACAUCACCACUACCCUCAUCAAUGAGAAGGGCGAGGAGAAGGCCUGUCACAUCCAGAAGACCAACUACUCCUAAACGUUCCCAAGCACUGCCAUGUCACGCCACCAGAGGGCGCACCUGUCUAAGCUGUAGUCAUCUUCAGCAAAAGCUACCUAUCCUCUGUUUAUAUUGAGUUAGAAUAUAGCUAGAGAUUUCAAUUGUUCCAGUCCAGAUUAAAAAAACAACAUGUGUAUGGUAAUAUCGCCUUUUGAGUAUCAUCGUGGACUUAUUUAAUUUCCAUGCUUUUGUAUCAACCAUAUUUAUGACAAUACUCUCCUGAACCAUUCUAUGUUGAUUAGUUGGAAAAUACUUUAAGUUUAGAAUUUUAGAAAAGCGCAUGACGAUUAUCUACCAGCGCUUGUGUUUACGUCUUUCAGUUCAAUACUUUAUGUGGUGCUACCGUAUCAACUGGAUGAUUACAUUGUGGUUGUGAAACUAACAAUCCAAACAAUGUAUCCCUUGUACAUCUUUUGAUUCAAAUUCUUUGUUCAAAAAGGGUAGAUAACUCUGCUUUUAUUGUAUCUCAGGCGUUUCUUGAUGUACCAGAUCUGUUUGUAAUAUAUUAAAGAUUUUCAAAGAACACAUCUUAUAUACUUUUUGCAAACUAUUUUUUCAUAAUAUUUACCAUUAUAUGAUAUUGUUUUCAUCUAGCCUUAUGCAUUUAAAGAGAAUUACAGUUAUGUCUAGGCAGCAUAUCAUCUGUAGAAUAGAACUAGGGGGGUCCACUCUGAUUGACACAAAUUCAUCACAUACACGUACUGUAUGGUUUGACAAUUACAAUUGUCUUAAAUGACGGACAAUUAAAUUCAAUAUUUAAAAUUAAACUUAAAUUUAAAAUUUAAAUUAAAGGUACAGUGAAGUAGCACGGGUGACAUCUGCCUAACCGUCUUGGUUCAGAAACUCUUCAGUGUGACCUGUGUCUCCCUCAUAAGCUAUACAGUGAAAGUACCAAUAAACCUAUCCAGAACCAAUCAGGUAGAAUUGUUACCAUCGGGUAUUGAUUGCCAUUAAGAAGAAACAGGCCACUACUUCUACCCUAGACAAGACUGCGGUCGUUUAUGUGGACAUUUGCUUAAUUGGAGAUACCCUCUCAUAGAAACUCUUCUCCAAACCAUGGCAGUUUCGCGGAGUAAAGCAAACAGCCCUGGGACUUGGGAACAUGGAAGCUCUAACGAUGGUGGUUGGUUCGCUUGGACAUUGCCUCUGAGAAAGUAAUGUCAUUUCUUCUUAACAUUUUCUUUUAAGAUCUUUUCACAAUAGCAUAAUAUGUUCCCUAGGAAAAUACGAUGGAAUCUUAUACCAAUCUUCUUAAAACCUUUACUCCAAAUUUGGAAGUCGGAUUGUUUUUUUAACUAAACCCGAUGUAUGUUUCAAACCAUUUCUUUGUUGUUAUUCUAAUGAUCUCAUAAUCUGCUCACGCGUUGUUUACAAGUUGCAUUCAAUGGCUUGGUUGUCGUUAAUUUGAAGUGUUGAUGCCUUGUGUUGUGCCCAGAUUUGAUCUAUUAAGCACAAACAUGCAUUUUAACUCACGCGCAGCUGAUGGCGACGAAAGAUAUUCAUUGUCCGAAACAAAAAUGCCGAAUUUUACAUUCGUAUUUUCAAAUUUUUAAAUAUUUUGUAUUUUUUCAUUCUAGCGCCUAAGAUGCCUAAAGCUUGUAAUAUGUACACCUGUUGAAAUGUGCAUGAAUAGUUUGUGUAGAGGUAAUGCAAAGACAGCACGCAUUCCAAUUAAAUUUCAUUUUAAAUUAUUUAAAUUGAACACUAUUUGAACAUGGAUAAUAUUAUAAUAAUACAUUGUACAUUGAAAUAUUUUAAUACUAUGAUAAAACAUUCAAGUGAUGCGUGCUGUACGUGUGAAUAUGGUGAUAGUGCACUUUACUAACCCUUGUGAGCUGUUUGUAGAUACAUCCUAUUUCGUACGGCCGUCAGAAUAUGGCUCUGCCUGCGUGUUCUGUGCACCCUGUCGAUAUCACGUAAGGCAUGUGCCCGUAAUGUUAUUGUACCUAUGCUUUUUAAGCAUAAUAAACUAUUAACAAUA